AUGGAGCGGGGGCCGAUGGUGGGGGCAGGGCUGGGGGCCAGGGCCCGAGUCCGAGCACUGCUGGGGUGCCUGGUCAAGGUGCUACUCUGGGUGGCCUCUGCCUUACUGUACUUUGGAAGUGAACAAGCUGCCCGCCUUCUAGGCAGCCCCUGCUUACGGCGCCUCUACCAUGCUUGGUUGGCAGCAGUGGUCAUCUUUGGGCCCCUUCUGCAGUUUCAUGUUAACUCUCGGACGAUCUUCGCUAGCCACGGCAACUUCUUCAACAUAAAGUUUGUGAACUCAGCUUGGGGCUGGACAUGUACCUUCCUGGGGGGCUUUGUGCUGCUGGUGGUGUUCCUGGCUACAAGACGUGUAGCAGUGACUGCCAGGCACCUGAGCCGACUGGUCGUGGGGGCAGCUGUCUGGCGAGGGGCCGGACGGGCCUUCCUACUCAUCGAGGACCUGACUGGUUCUUGCUUCGAGCCUCUGCCCCAGGGCCUACUGCUUCAUGAGCUGCCUGACCGCCGGAGCUGCCUGGCAGCCGGCCACCAAUGGCGAGGUUACACUGUCUCCUCCCACACCUUCCUCCUCACCUUCUGCUGCCUCCUCAUGGCUGAGGAAGCAGCUGUGUUUGCCAAGUACCUGGCCCACGGGCUACCAGCUGGGGCCCCCCUGCGCCUUGUUUUCCUACUCAAUGUGCUGUUGCUGGGCCUCUGGAACUUCUUGCUGCUCUGCACUGUCAUCUAUUUCCAUCAAUACACCCACAAGGUGGUGGGUGCUGCAGUAGGCACGUUUGCCUGGUACCUUACCUAUGGCAGCUGGUACCACCAACCCUGGUCUCCUGGGAUCCCAGGCCAUGGGCUCUUCCCCCGAUCCCGCUCAAUCCGAAAACAUAACUGAAAGAAAUAAAAACAUA